UAAAUAGGACCGGCUGAGAGAUCCAGUGGAUGAAGCUGUUCAACCUUUCUUUAACAAAGCCCAGAACCCCACCGCCCCCCAAAAAAGAAGGAAAAUGGCUAAAGCUAUCAACAUGAUUUGUUGCAUGGGUCUGGCUGCUGUACUAACCGGUGUGGGAGCGUCUGCCUUUUCGGGGAAGAGCCACAGCGGAGGGAAGAACAACACUGUGCUGCAGUACGUCGUUAACAACUCCCUGAGGGAGCACCCUGUGCUCACCAAACUCAGACUGAGAACUCUUGAAGACCCAUGGAGUAGAAUGAUGGUUGCCAGUGAACAAGCCCAGUUCAUGGCAAAUCUCAUUAGACUGAUAAAUGGGACCAAAGCUAUUGAAAUUGGAAUGUACACAGGGUACAACGCACUGAGCAUGGCUUUGGCCAUGCCCCAGAACGGAAGAGUUGUAGCUUGUGAAAUAGAAGACACCUAUGUGGACAUUGCCAAGCCCUUUUUUAAAGAGGCUGGAGUUGAAGAUAAGAUAGAUGUACGCCAUGAAAUAGCCAUGAAGACACUGAAUGAACUGAUAGCAGCCGGGGAAGCUGGAACAUAUGACUUUGUGUUCAUCGAUGCGGAUAAGUUCAACUAUGACAGAUACUACGAAAAGUCCCUCGAGCUCAUACGAGCAGGGGGCAUCAUUGCAGUUGACAAUGUGCUGUGGAGUGGGAAGGUCGUGAAUCCUGCUCCCGAUGACCUCACCUCCCAGGCUCUGGAUGCCCUCAAUAAGAAGCUACACAGCGACCAGAGGAUUGACCUGAGCAUGCUCAUGGUGGGCGACGGGCUGUCGAUUUGCAUUAAACGCUAAAAUCCUAUGUUGAAAAGUUAGAUAUUUGUUAUGUUGUACUUUGGCUAUGAUAUUAAACACACAUGAAUGCA